ACCUUUGUGUAGCGAUAGAGCGAGCAAAACGUGUGUAGAGCGCGCUCAUUGACUGUGGGGAGCACACAGGGAAGCUUGUGUAGGGUUUACCUCAGUGUGUAGCCGAGGGACUGGAAAUAGUGAAAAGUGUAAAGAGGGGAGGAGGAUGGGGGAGGGGGACGCUUUCUAGAUGGGGGGAGGUGUGGAUUUCUUCCUUUUCCCCUCCCUCCCCCUCUCUCUCUCGAUACAUUGUAGCACUGGAACUAGUUACAGUUGCUGAUUCUCCAGAAGAACACAGACCUCUGCACCCCACCAUAGAGGAGGAGAAAAACAAAGUGUGUGUGGGGGGGGCGGGGGAACCCCCAAAAUACUGCUUCUGCACCUUUUGUUCGCUCUAGUCUCUGACUGGCUGGGAAUUUAUUUACUGACGACUCCAUGAAAUCCUCCUGGAGGUAGGUGGACUUUCUGAAAAACCCCAGGAUAUCAUACUUUUAAAGUUGGGAUGAGUAUGAAUCCACAGCAGAGAAUGGCCGCAGUGGGCACUGACAAAGAAUUAAGUGAUCUUUUGGAUUUUAGCAUGAUGUUCCCUUUACCUGUGAAUAAUGGAAAGAGCAGACCAACAACACUUGCCAGCCAAUUUGGUGCAUCAGGUAUGGAGGAAAGAACUGCAUCUGGUGCCUGGGGAGCUGGUGAUCACAAUGGUUCCUCAUAUGAUCAAGGAAGAGGAUAUGGUGAUUCCUCCCAUUAUGGUGAACCCAGGGAUCAUCCUUCACAUGAAGGCAGUUUGUCAUCUACUCCUUUCUUAACAACUGGACUUGUAGGGAAGAAUGAGCGACCGUCUUAUUCAGCAUUUGUACGAGAUCCUGGAAUGCCUCCAAUUAAUCAGCCUGGAUUUAUGCCAGGGGAUAUGGGGAUAAACAAUUCCAGUGCCCUCUCGCCCACCACUGGAAAAGGAAGCUCACAAUUUUACCCUUACACAAACAAUACACGGCGGCGUCCCGGAGAUGCUAAUCUAGAUCCCCAGCCUAAAAAAGUGCGCAAAAUACCCCCAGGACUCCCUUCAUCUGUUUACCCUUCCAACUCAGGUGAAGAAUAUAGUGGAGACCGUGGAAGUUAUACCUCUAAACCACCUAAUUCUCUUUACCCUGGCGGAGGAUUCUACGUGGCUGAUGGACUUAAUUCCUCUGAUAUCUGGACCUCCUCUGGAGGUAUUGGACAAGGCAGUUAUGGCUCCAUUCUCAGCAGCGCUCAGGCUUCUCUUUCCCAGCCCUCAGGUUUCAGUGGUCUGCAUGCACAUGAACGAAUAGGGUUUCCAGUGCAUUCCAGUGAGGUGAACCCUGCCGUAUCAAGUUUCCCUUCUGGUGCACAGUAUGGCGUUUCUACGCAUACACCCCCCAUUAGUACUGGGGAGACAAUGAUAGGAAGCAGAGGGAAUACCACUGGCAGCUCAGGAGACGCACUUGGAAAAGCUUUAGCUUCUAUUUAUUCUCCAGAUCAUUCCAGCACAAACUUUUCGUCUAGCCCUUCAACACCUGUGGGGUCACCUCAGGGAAUAACAGGAACGGGGCAGUGGCCCAGAGCAAAUGUGCCAGGCGCCCUGUCUCCCAGUUACGAGGGUACAUUACACACAUUGCAGAACAAGAUGGAGGAUCGCCUAGAUGAAGCCAUCCAUGUUUUGAGGAGUCACGCUGUGGGACAGACGGGUUCUCUUUCUGGGGGCCAUGACGAUAUCCACGCGCUUUUAGGAGGAGCAGCAGCGGUGCUUGGCGCAAACUUUUCCAGUGCAGUACUCUCAAUGGCAAAUCGGCACGCCAUGGCUACAAGUCAAUCAGAAGAUGGGAUAUCAAAUGCAUCCAGUAUGCUUCACAACUCAAUCCUACAAGGAUCUCUGUCAGAUCUUACAAGACAAACAGACAGUGCCUACAGCGGUCUCCCAGCUGUGGUUAGGGCGGUUGUCUCAUCUGUAGUAUCGGACAUUAAAAGGGAAAGUAAAGAAGAUGAAGAGAACCGGUCACUGGCUGAUUUGUCAGACGACGAUAAAGAUUCUAAGACACAGAGAAGCCGGACACGCUGCUCCGUGAACAGUCAAGAUGAAGAUGAUGAGGAUGAUGAUAACCUUCCUCCAGAACAAAAAGCUGAGCGUGAGAAAGAGAGGCGAGUGGCAAACAAUGCCAGGGAACGACUUCGAGUCAGAGAUAUCAACGAAGCAUUUAAAGAGCUGGGGCGGAUGUGCCAGCUGCAUCUUAACAGUGAGAAGCCACAGACCAAGCUCCUAAUACUGCACCAGGCCGUCUCUGUCAUCUUGAGCCUGGAGCAGCAAGUGCGAGAACGGAACCUAAAUCCAAAGGCAGCCUGUCUGAAAAGGCGUGAAGAGGAAAAAGUAUCAGGUGUGGACCCACAAAUUAGCCUUGCUGGAGGACUUUCAGGUCUUGGGGACUCUCAUAAUUCAGUGGGACACAUGUGAAGUUCAUUGUACUUUGUGGAAAUUGAUCAGUUUUUCUCUUUUUUAUAUAUAAUUAUAAAUUCAAGAUGUGUUUUACAUUUUUAUUGUUUGGACAAAUUUUAAAAACAUGGAUGUUUUUGUGGCCUUGAUUACAAUUUUCUGAGAAGCGGACAUACAACAUUUCCAGUGCAGGACAAAAGAAAAUAUAAAGAAAAAUUAAUCAGAUUGACAUCUCAUCUUUGGAUUGCUGCUUAAGGAACAAGAAGAGAAGUCAAGAGCAACUUGCCUUAACAAAAAGAAACACAUGAACUUAUUUAAUAUUGGUGGAAAUUGUAGAAUGUCACCCGGAAGCUGACUAAUCGUUCAGCUCUGGGGGGUGAAAUGUUUCUUUUUCAUGUGCCUAUACUAAAAAAAAAGUGACUUCUUAUCCUGCUGUGUGUGGGAAACUGAAAUGUAUACAUAAAGAAAAAGUAGUGCAUUCAUGUUCAUGAAGACUUUUUUUUUUUUUUUUUUCCAACUUAGAACAAAGUAUUUUUUUUAGUUUUUUUUUUUUUUCUCUUUUUUAAUAAAAUUGAGAACAAAAUGUUUCUACAAAAAGAACCACAACCCUCUUGCAUUUAUCCUUGUCUGUAACUUCCCUGUAAUGUAAUUGCUGCCCAGCCUAAGUUUGGGACUCAAUUUGGCUUUUCAAGAACCCUUUAGUAAUGUCUUUGACGUUGUACAUAUAUUUCUAAUCUUCUGUUCCUUUGAUUCUUCAGUGUUUCGAUCAGCCGGAAGUUAUCAAUUUACUGAAUUUGGUCAAUGGCAUUUAUUACCUAAUUUGUGAGGUCUGUAAAAGCUUUUGGAAUAUGCAUUGUGGUCUACUGACAAUGUUUACAUAGUGCUUGAUGCCAUUGGACUCCUUCUGCCAGAGCAUGUUCAUAGUUAUAUUUUUAUUUAUUUUUCCCCCUUGCAUCUAAUUGAAUAUUCUUUAGUAAGGGAAGCUUCAAUACGUUCAGAGGAAAAUGAAUGCAACCUUACUUGCAAAGUUAAGUCGAUUUUGCCUUUAGUAACUCAACCCAUAAAGUCUAUAUAUCCCCACUUUAUAAUUUUUUUUUUUUUAACAUUCUUGAGAUGGUAUGGUUUGAACUUCCCAGACCCUGUAGAAGAAUAAUGGAGGGGAUAAUGAAUACAUAUUGCAAAGUUGUUUAGUAGUUAUGGUUUAUGAAGGUGGAAUUUCUGUCUUCAUAGAGAUUUUUGGUGCUUGCAAAAUUCCAGUGUUUUCCACAUCCAUAUGUUGCAUUUCUUGUCUUAAUUCAUAGAGGGACUAGUGACACUCAUUCACCCCUCUCCCACCCAAUUUUCCAUACAACACAAAGAGCCUGCACGCCCCUUCAUGUACAUUAACCUUUACUUCAGUUUAAACAUUUAAUGACCUAAUCCCUGCCCAAUAGCAGCCACAAUAAGAUGACUGUUAUAUAGCACUAUUUGCCAUUCUGCUGUCUAAUACAAUUGCCUUGGCGUUGUGUAAGGCUAGCUAUACACAUGUAGAUUUUUCCCACCUGGCUGAACCAUAGAAAUCAAAGGAUUUGCCCAUUUAUGUUUAACAGCAUGAAUGUAGGAAUCUCCCGUGCCAACUAUUGUAUUCAGAUAGUCCAGCACCCCCAUGGCUGCCUGAAUACUCAAUGACUGCAUCUGAUAGGAUAGUCACUGUUCAGCUGAUGAUUUUCCACCAUGCUCAGUCAGUUUUUUAACCUGACCUUUAUCAAACCAGGUGGUGCUGACAGGUUCACCUAUGGCUUGAAUUUCAGCCAAAUGAGCAGGAAUUGGCUGAAAUUGGAGCUAUUUAGGCCUAGCAUUGAGGAUGUUGGCAUUUGACAGAGUUUAGCCAUGAGAUGAGGGAAAGUCGGUUUGCAGUAAUGAGUGAAAUUCAAUGGGGGGGCGUGCAAAGUAAAAGCUUUCCUGGCUAAUUGCUGUUAUUUCCUUAACCUUGUGAGGUCUGUUCUUAGACUGUACUUUUACAGGUAAAAUUACACAUGAUGUUAUAGGUUCACUGGUAAACGUUGGUGACCAGAAAUUUUAGCUGUGCAAUAUUCAGGAAAGUAUUUUUCCUCUGUGUGCAGAACCUGCUAAUAGUUUGUGGCUCAUUUGAAAUAACUCUGAUGUUCCUUUUUCAUUCUGUUUUUCUUUUUUUUGCAAGUGCAUUGUUACAAACUGAAGAAAAAGGGUUGUGAAAAUGUAAGUUUGUAAGAUCAUUUCAUGAGUUGGCUUUUUUACAGACUUUUCCUAUGAUCUGUUAUUCUGCUUAUUGUAGACCACUACAUUGUUUGUAACUUGAUAUAGUUUUAUCUGAUAAACAUCCCAGUUUGUGCAACAUGCCACUGUAAUGUUGUUGAAGUUUGCAUAUAUCGGCAGCCUCCACAGUUUUCUAAGCUGCAAGGUGGCUUCUAAAAACCCUUGGUUUGAUUGGUAGCCUCCUCAAGCAUAAACAUACUUUUGAAGAGGCCCCUUCUUAACUACCCAUAGGUGAAGGAUAGGUUGGUUGCCCAAAUUCCAUCCAGCCUCAUGGGCCCAGAAUUAUUCAUGCUCACUUUGCAUCUGGGGUAGUUUCACUGUAAACCACAUUGUAUGCCAUUUAAAUGAAAGCCAUACUAGAGAUCAUUAGGUUGCAUGAUGUGGCUGCUUUAUAAAGAGAAUAUUAUAUGCAACCUGAAGGUUGUUUUCGUUUUAGGAAUCUUUCUUGGUGUUCUCUUACCCAGAAUUGUAGAAAAUGUAGCACUGCAUUGAAAUCCCUUUAUAUUUUGUAGAUACAUUUUGGAGGAAGGAGUGCAUAUGGCAUUUUGGAAUAUGUUUGAUCUCUGGAAAACUGCUUUGAGGGCCAGUUCACACCAUAAAUCGCACAGGAACAUAUUUGUGAGCUUCUGUGCAAUUCAUAUGCGAUCCGGGUGCAGAGUGAUUUCGGCCUAUUCACUUGAAUGGGCUGAAAUUGCGCCAGAUUGCACCAAAAGUAGUGGGUGCACUACUUUACAAAACGCACAGCAACCGAAUUGUAUGGUACUACCGUACCAUGCAAUCUUGGGCAAGCAAACAUACUGCGUUUAAGGUAUUGGCACUGACACCUGCUGCAGAUCGCAAGUGCAGUGAAUUUUGAACGUGGUGUAGGAAACGUGGAUGAAACGCGGGUUUCCUGCACCGUGUUUUUGUGUGCAGUGGCCCUCAACUAUUCAUAAGUGUUUAUAAAUAUAUAUAAAUAUAUAUAUUUAGACAGAAAUGUGUUUGUUUACUGUAAAUUAAUUUACACAUGGGGGUAUAGAGACAUUUGAGCAGCAUUGCUGAAUAUUUAAACAGAACACGCUUUGGAGUAGGCUAAAGUUUAAAGCUAAAUUACAGGAAUUAUUGGUAUUGCAUACUUAUGCUGCUACAGUGACCGCCACAAUCUUCCAGGUCAUGCGAGAGUGGCUGCCCCACUGCAUACUGAUCACAGUAAUGCUGCCAUUUAAAGAACAUUUUGAAAUCUAUUUUUUAACCCCCUAGGCGCAGACCGCACACAUGCAGUCGCUCGGUGGGUGGGCCCUAAUGCAGAGUGCUCACUAAUAUUGUCCGAAAGCGCACACCCAGCAUGUACCGUAAAGCUCCCGAUGCAUACUAGCGCUUGGGAGCUUUGUGAUCAUGUGACCACUGUGACAGCCAAUCGCAUCAGUCACAUGGCCCGAAUGCCUGCCUCUUUCUGUCGGCUUUUAUAACCCUUUAAAAGAAAUAUGGGAUUAUUAUUAUUAUUUUUUUAUCCUACUUGCCUUACAAUACCAGUCCCCUGCAGGAUCUGUCCCCACCAGCUUUAACAUGGAGAACAGAGUGCUCAAACACCACCGAUCGCUCGGUUCUCAGAGCUCCCUGAGCAGAGAGCUGGCGACUCAGUUACUGCUCUCUGCUCGACUCGGGCUGAGCUGGAUGCCGGUCCAGGCACAUCGGUCGACAGUGGGCUUCUGUCUGCACUCCUGUGAUUCAUAGAAGUACAGCCAAAUGAGCUUUGACUGUACUUCUCCUUUUUAAAGGGCUGGGAGGCAGGAAGGAGGUUAAUGAACACAAGGCAUUCUCUGAUUGUACAAGAUGGAGAGAAGGGGUGGUGGCUUAACCAUCUCCUCCUUGUUCAGUCAGAGCACCUUGCAUUAAUUGGAAGAAAAUACGUUGCACUAUGAAUGGCGGUGGUGCUGAUCAAGUGACCCUUUAUGGGUCAGUGUGCAAUGGGGCAGCCCCUUGAAUAGAAGAAGAUUCUGAAGAAUUCAGCUGUUGCAGUAGUGCAGUGAUUUCCAGAUUUUCUAGCUGCCCAUCACUUAUGAAAUGUAUGAAUGCUUACAUUGUGUCAAGCUGGACCAAUGUAAAUGUAUUAUAAAAUACAGAUAAUUCCUGAAGUUGUGCUUUAACUGUAAUCCUAAAGCUUUGUUAACGUUCUUGUGGGUGUGCCUAAAGAGUAACAGAAUUCAUUAACCAGAAAUCCUAGACAAAGCUGCCACUUCGUGCUGGUUGUCUGACCCAAAAGCCUAGACCUCUUAAUGUGAUCUACAGCUAUUCUGAACACUGACUUUCUGCUUUAAAGUGCACCUGUUAGAGAAUUAUGCAUGCUACUUCUGACCUCACCCAUUGGGAUUGUUAGUUGCUUGUCUCCCAUGCUGAAGCAUCGGCUUUAAUGCUGGUCUAGAACAAGUAUGUAGUGAUGAGGAGUUCUGAUACUUUUCUGAAAUUCGUUCACAGCAUACAUAUUUCAGGUCUGUGACUUUAAAAAAGUUCUGAAUGCAGAUACAUCUAGCCAAAGAGCAUUUUUAAAACAAGACCAACAAUGACUGACCCCCACCCCCAAUAUUUCUCUCAUAAAGGAUAUGCUGUAAAGUAAAUUAACCAUGAAAAUGUGAGGGCCAGCAUUGCUGUCCUAAUCUACAAACCUCAUCAAUACCAGUUGAGCUAGAGGAUCAGUGUGACAGAAACUUUCAUGUGAGAUUUCCUUUAAGCUGAUAACAUGAUCAACUGCCUAGGCUUUUGGGGUACAUGACUGGCAAAAGAUAUGGAGCAGGGAUUUCAUCAGGAUCACUAAACCUUUCCUCCCUGCUGUAAAAGCUGCUAUAAAACAGCUCCGUUGCUGGUAACUUCCAGUUAUGUUGUCCCUACCCAGGUAGUCAUUGGUUUUAGGAAAGGGAUGUUGCAGUCCCAGUAUAGAUGGAACAAUGGGAUUUUCUUAUGAAGGAAAUCACAUUAAAGACUUCAGAUAAUUUUUUAAUAUCUCACCAUUCCAUAUCAGUUAAUCAAGAAAUGUGAAAAAGUAUGACUCUUUAAAAAAAAAAAAACACCCAGAAAUUAAAGGAGCAUUUCAAAUCCUACAACAAGAAAUGUGAGCCUAACAUGGCCUGUGUUGGAGUGCCUCAAAUAUUUCUUAAUGGUUUUUCAUUUUUUUUUUUCUAAAUAUAAUUUUAUACAAGUGUCAAACUCAGCUGGCUGGAAUAUUUGGAAUUUAUAAGAUUAAUGAAAACCAUAAUCCCAACCUUUUUAAUAGAUUUUCUUUCUUUUUUUUUUUGCGAACUGUCCUGUAUAUACCUGUGUUGUAGCAAUACAUGUAAGCUUUUAUAACUAUAUAACUUCUUGAGUCUUUCAGAUGUUGUAUACUGAUGAAAGAGUAAAAAAAAUAAAAAUAAAGUUUGUAAUAAAGUUUUACACUUUUCUGA